AUGGCAUCCCAUAUAGAACAACCAGUUCCUUACAGAAAGCCUGGAAACAAGAGUGAUUCCAAGGAAGGUCACGAUAUGAUUGCUGAAAACUUCAACAAUAUGCCACUCUUAUCGCCUACGUUGACUCCAUCUCAGGUACCAAUUUCCGAAACUCCCCAGGUUCCACCAAAAGUGUCGGAUGAGGUCAGAAAUGCUUUACCAAUUCACGGAAAGUUACCAGAGGUUAGAUGUAUGGCCAGAGCGAGGAUCCCAACUACAAAUGGGCCAGAAAUCUUCUUACAUUUGUACGAGAAUAAUAUUGACAAUAAGGAGCAUUUAGCAAUCGUUUUUGGAGAAGAUAUUCGUUCAAAAACUUUGUUUGCAAAGAGACCGAAUGAUACCCAGCAGGACAGAAUGACCAGAGGUGCAUACGUGGGCAAGUUGUUUCCUGGACGGGUUGAUGCGGACCAUGACAGCCACUCUAACAUGUCGUUGAAUUUUGACACGGAUGGUGAUCUUAUAAGAGAACCAAGCACUACCUUCAUGGAAGACCCGUGUAUAGUGCGUAUCCACUCUGAAUGUUACACGGGAGAAACUGCUUGGUCUGCCCGUUGUGACUGCGGUGAACAAUUCGAUGAAGCAGGAAGAAUUAUGGGAAAUGAUGGUCACGGAUGUAUUGUCUACUUGAGACAAGAAGGUAGAGGUAUUGGAUUAGGAGAGAAGUUGAAGGCAUAUAAUUUACAAGACUUGGGAGCAGAUACUGUGCAAGCGAACUUAAUAUUAAGACACCCUGCUGAUGGUCGAUCAUUUUCACUUGCCACUGCAAUCUUAUUAGAUUUGGGACUAGCUGAAAUCAAACUAUUGACCAACAACCCCGACAAGAUUUUAGCUGUCGAAGGUAAGAAUAGAGAUAUAAAGGUGUUAGAGCGAGUUCCUAUGGUUCCAUUGGCCUGGAAAACAGAAGACGGUAUCAAGUCAAAGGAAAUUGAAGGAUAUUUGAGCACCAAGAUCGAAAGAAUGGGCCAUCUCUUGGAAAAACCCUUAAAAAUUUAG